AUGCUGACACUGAACAAGUUAAUGGCUGAAAAGAGCCACGCUAGAGACACUCACUCCAUUCCCAUUUCUCUCACAUCACCGACCCCAACAAGUUCAAUUUCACUGUGCCAUGCUAUGGACCUCCCCAGCCACAAAUUCUUCCAAUCCCCAUCUGCAUUGGCAGUGGCAGUGGCACCACAUGGGGAAGCACUCUCUGAGAGCAACAUGAGCAUGUAUGGGAAAAGCAAAGACAACCCUUUUGCAGAUGACUUCCCUGACCCACUUUGCAAGCUCAACCUGAAGGAAACCUCUGAGUUUGUCAAGUCAUUGCCUAUGCCUAGUGGCAGAGCUGAAAGCAGAGGCCACUCUGUUUCACAACAGAAGAGACUACUAGAGGCUCCCUCCACUCCUGGGAGACCAGUUUUCACCUUCAACUCUGGCCUUCCAAGAAAGAGCUUCCCUUCCAAGUGGGAUGAUGCAGAGAAAUGGCUCAUGAGCACUUCUUGCCAUGACUCACCUGCUCACAACAACACUCCCAAGGUUUCAGUCUCAGACUCCUCGAAGGUUGCAACCAGACAACAAUGUGAAGAUGUUGGAUUUAAGCAUCAAAUGGAAAAUUUCUCGGAGAAAUCAAGGGUCACAGAAGAAAGGGUGUCCAAAGCUGUCCCAAACUUCCACUGGUCUCCUUCUUUGGACCACCACCAUAACGCACUCAGCGCUUUCCAUGGUGUUAAAGAAAUCGUACUCAAAGAUAAGUUCACGGACAGCAUAGAGCCUAUUUUGCCAAAUUUGAGAUACUCCGAGCCGGCCAAGGAAGGGUUCUUGUUUAGGAACCAAGGUGGUGAGGCAAUGCAAGAUGCUUGCACAGAAGUGGUUCAACAUAGAGAUAUUGGGACUGAGAUGACUCCUUUGGGAAGUUCCACAACUUCAAGAUGCCACACCCCAGUUAAGAUUUCAUCACCUCCUCGCCACAACACUCCUGCAAGUAGGUCAGGACCAUUAGCCUUGGCUGGCACUGCAUGCACUCUUGAUGUCAUUCAGCUGGAGGAGUGCCAUUUUUCAAAACUGCAACUAGGAACACAGUACGAUAUAGUCACUUCAAAUUGGAGCUCAAGUGAAGAGGAAGAAAAAGAAAUAUCAAAAAGCUUGAGGCAUAAUGGUAGCCACAAAGCUGAUUCAGACUGCAUAGCUGCUUCAUGGGAAGAAGAGGAGAAGACCAAGUGUUGUUUAAGGUAUCAGAGAGAAGAAGCAAAAAUCCAAGCUUGGGUAAACCUCCAAAGUGCUAAAGCAGAGGCCAGGUCAAGAAAGCUUGAGGUGAAGAUACAGAAGAUGAGAUCAAACCUAGAAGAGAAGUUGAUGAAGAGGAUGUCAGUGGUUCACCGGAAGGCUGAGGAGUGGAGAGCAGAAGCAAGACAACAACAUUUGGAUCAAAUCCAGAAAGCCACUGAACAAGCUCAGAAGAUGAUUCAUAAACAUAACUCACACUUUUCAAAGCCAAGUUCAUGUGGGUGCUUCCCUUGCAAUAUCAACCAUCAUUGA